AUGCAGAAGGUGGUCCAGCGAAGGAUAGCCGCCGAGCACCAGGCCCUGCGCCGUGCCGCAAAGCAGAAGAGCAAGGUCGACAACGCAAAGGAAUGGACGGCGCGCUGGGCCCAGACCGCUCGCGGCAAGCAAGAGGCCAUCUACUUCAAGGACGAGAAGCACCGCAGACGCGAGGAAUAUGAGGUCGGCCCUCUGCUCGCCCCGAGACGCGAUACUGGCCAUCUCAAGGACCUGUACGGCACCGUCGACCCCAACGUCAUCCAGACACCAAAGCUCCACUGGACCAUGUACAAGCACCUCAAGAGUCCCUUUGCUGUCGGCGACAGAGUCGUCAUCACCAAGGGCAAGGAUGCUGGCAAGAUUGGUACCGUCUCAGAAGUCCAGACGGACUCUGGCUUUGUGCGCACCACCGAAUUGCGAAAGGCCGACUACUUUGUCCCCGAAUACGUGCGCAGAGAGAACAAGGACCAUCGUGCAGUUGUACAACAAUCCAUGCCCAUUCCCUGGGAAGACCUCAAACUCGUCUUUCCUCUUCGCGACCAAACCACCGGCCACUUCGAAGACGUUGUCCUGGACAAGGUCGAUUUGCGCAAUGCCGGUUGGGUCGAGCGUAAGAGUGGCCGCCGUGAAUACCUCCAAGGUCAACGCUUCCUUCCCGGCGUCAAAACCCCUCUGCCAUGGCCCAAAACUGAGAAGGAGGAAAAAGCCGAGGGCUACGACGACGACACCCUCCGUAUCACAGUCGACGAAGCCACUCACCGCCCUUACUUGCUUCAACCACCCAUGCCUCCGUCCGUCAUCGAUGAGUUGAGAAACAAGUACUCCGUCUUCCGCUCUCGCCACGAGCCAGAAUACAUUGCCGCAAAGGAAGCCCAAGACCGCGCCGCAAAGCACAAGGAGAACCUCGCCCGUCUGGUUUCUACUCCGCUUGCCGAAUUGAAGGAGCAAAGGCGACAGGAGAGGCUCGCAAACCCUCUCGAACUGUCCGAGGAACAGCUCGCCAGAAUCGGAGAAGUCAUGGCCCAGGAGAAGCAGAACGCCAUCAACAAGCUUUCUCAGCAAUAA